UACAUAGAUUGAUAACAUAUGUUGCAACUCUCUAGUGGCCCUCCAGACACUGUUUAUAAAUGAACUACACGGUAUUUAUUACCCAGUUGUAAUCUAUUGUGAACAUCAAUUGCAACUUUCCAAUUAAGAAAUUGCUAAUAAAUAAUUUAUUAAGUAUUUAACUGCUUCUUAACAGUGAAAUAACUAUAAUUAAUGUAUACAGUUUCACUUGUAUUAUAUAUAAUUGUUUAUUUUCAUGAUAUUAUAGAAAUUAUAAAGUGUUACCAAACACAGACCGCAGGAGAGACAGGCCGAGGACAUGACGUCAUCUGUCCAGCAGGUGGUGCUGUCUCGGUCUCAUCAGUGUUACCUGCGCACAUUAUUCUGACAACCUGAAUCCAGGCACUCAUUUUACUGAUAUUCCAGGUUGUGUGCAGCUAACCCUCCUCUUUGUGUCCUCCACUCACCCCACGUCUACACAGUACAUGUGCGUAAUGAGCCAUCGGGCACUGAGGUGUGUUCUCUUGAUCAAGUCUCUUCCACACUGAUUGAGAUGUCAAACCAUUCAUCCAUGAGACAGACCUGGGUACAAGUUUAUUCAUGCCGCACCUCAUUCAAGCUUUUUUCCAAGCCAGCAGUAGCAGCAGCCAGUGCGCUGCUCCGUCCCUCCUACCACGCAGAACAAACGCUAUAUUCAUCUGCUCCGGCUUGCAGUGACUGAAACUUCCCCGCAGCAACUCCUGGGUUACUUUUCUUUCCCCCCACCAGGUCCACAGCUGCCGAACACAAUGCCAUUCAUGCCACGGGGCGAACACAGGCGGACAAUGUGGAGAACGUGCAGCGUCUUUUGCGCAUGGAGUCUACUGUUCCUGGCAGAGGUCUGUGCGCAGUCCCAGCGGAGACCAACCUUCACAUGCGGCGGAAACAUUACAGGGGAGUCUGGAGUGAUCGGGAGCCAGGGGUACCCAGGAGUUUACCCCCCGAACACCAAGUGUGUGUGGAGGAUCACAGUCCCCGAGGGAAAGGUGGUGGUCCUGUCAUUCCGCUCCAUCGACCUGGAGAGCGACAACCUGUGCCGCUACGACUAUGUGGAUGUGUACAGUGGCCAUGUCAGCGGGCAGAGGCUCGGACGCUUCUGUGGGACGUUCAAGCCGGGGGCCCUGGUUUCCACGGGCAACAAGAUGCUCAUGCAGAUGGUGUCUGACGCCAACACGGCCGGGAGUGGCUUCCUGGCUGUCUUCUCUGCUGCUCACCCACAUGAGAGAGGGGACCAGUACUGUGGAGGCAGGUUGGACCGACCCUCAGGGACGUUCAAAACACCCAACUGGCCUGAGAAGGACUACCCAGCUGGUGUCACCUGCUCCUGGCACAUAGUGGCACCAAAGAACCAGAUUAUAGAAGUCAAGUUCGAGAAGUUUGACGUGGAGCGAGAUAACUACUGCCGCUACGACCACGUCUCCAUCUUCAACGGGGCGGAAAUAAACGACGCCAAGAGGAUCGGCAAAUACUGUGGAGACAGCCCCCCAGCGCCGGUGUUCUCAGAUGGGAACCAGCUCCUGAUCCAGUUCCUGUCAGAUCUCAGCCUGACCGCUGACGGCUUCAUUGGACACUACAAGUUCAGGCCGAAGCGGUUCCCCACCACCACGGUACCACCCACCACCACCACGCAGCCCGUCACCACCAGGCCCAUACCCCUGAAGUACUCCGUUGCGCUGUGCCAGCAGAAAUGUAAAAGACGAGGAACGCUCGAGAGCAACUACUGCUCCAGCAAUUUCGUGAUAACCGGGACUGUCAUCACCGCGGUGAUGAGAGGAGGAAGCAUGUUCGCCACAGUCUCCAUCAUCAACGUGUACAAAGAAGGCAGUCUGGCCAUCCAGCAGGCAGGAAAGACCAUGAGCACCAAGAUCAUUAUCCUGUGCAAGAAGUGUCCAUUUAUCAGACGAGGCUUGAACUACAUCUUCAUGGGCCAAGUGGACGAGGACGGCAAGGGGAAGAUCGCCCCUCACCACUUUGUCAUGGCGUUCAAGACGAAGAACCAGAAAGGACUCAACGUCCUGAAAGACAAGCGGUGCUGAGGACAGACGUACCCGAGGCUGUGGAUGGAAACAAUUAAGCAAAAAAAAAAAAAAAGAAGAAGUCUCACAACAGAAAAACAAAGCUGAAUUUGGACGCCUUCACAGAACGUAAAAUCACAAGAUUAUUGUAUUUAUUCAUUUUGCUGCAGAUCACAUGUUGGUGGAAUAAAACAAGAAGACUUGAAGUGCACUUCCACUCUGUCUUCUAUUAAAAGACCCGCCGCUGGGUCUGUUUGGCAACCUCGAGAUUAAUCAGCGACGAAAUGAGUUGAAAUUUCCAUUCCAGUUCUCGGCCCAUUCUCACUCAGCGUACUCACAUUCCUGCCAUGCCCAGUGCAGGGGAAUUAAAGUGUAGCCAGGAACAAGAGCCCAGAAUCAGGAGUACAGCAGUAUCUGUUCCAGCAUCCCAUGAUUGCACUAUUAAUUUGACAUUUUUUUUCAUAUUCUACUGUUCAGCUGUUUUCCUUUAGAGGCUUUGGAGUGCAAUGGGAAUUAUUUAGUCUGCAUUUAACAAAUGUAUCUUUCUGGCACAAUAGUCUUAAAUUCCACGAGCCUUGAUCAAUACAGAGGAUUUCUCACGAUCAACAGUUUUGCCAACAAUCGAGCUGAUUGUUGUCGGCUUAAGAAUCUGAAGUUAUUUUUCUGUGUUCACUUCCAUGGGCAGUGAUUUGGGAGGUGAUUGAAAGCGGUGAUUAAAAAGUGCAAUAUUUAAUAUAUAAAUGAAUCUUUUCUUAAACUUUUUAUGCUGGUUUCACGUGAAACUUCAGUUAGUUUACAGAUGCAAAGCACCGCCGUCAGCAUAUAUCAUUUACCUGCAUUGUUUUUAAAGGCAUGAAAUGAAAAAAUAUUUUCAUAUGAAAAAGUCUGUGAAUAUUAUUUAUAUUUUAUUGUUUUCAUCUGCCCGAAUAAAAAUCCUUAUUAUUUUC